CCGUCGCGAAGAUCCUGCUCUUUUCGCCCGCAGCUGCAGAGGCGAGUGACGCAAAAGUCGGUCGCGAUGAGGGUGCUGCCUUCUGGAACGCGGUGGCUUCCGCGUCAGUACAACGGGGGGAUAGUAAGAAUGCGAAGAAACAGCAGGUAUCGCUGUCCUCCCGGAUGCGCUCCUUGUUGCUCCGCGUCUACAACCAGGGGGAAUACGGACAAGACCAGGGCGUGCGGUCUAUGUCAGCGCAGGAAUGCCGCGACGCAACAGUAGCGCGUUUACGGAAAAUCGGAGUUGAAAGCACGGGUCAACAAGAUGAACAGCGAUUGUCUUCUCGUCAGGAAGAACUGCUGCUGCGGGACUUCUCGGUGGACGAAAUUGCUUCGCGUCUGUGCGCCGGCAGUGCGCGUGACGGACGGAAGGCUGCACUGCUGCAACCCAGAAUGAUGGAAAAGACAGCCACUACUGCCACGGGAGUGAAAGGCAAAGGAUCUGCGGGAGCAGCACCCGGGCAAAAGAAGCUGCUGAAGGAGAUGAAAGCAGGUGGGGCGGUGGACCACCAGCAGCGGGUCACGGCAGUGGAUUUUCAGCGGGCUUUCUGGGGUCUGCGUCACCAACAGCUGCUGUACCGGACGUGCCCUUCGGCACAGCAAAAUGUACUUCCGCAGACGGCGCUGGUGGACUUCUGGUCUAAGCAGAACCGCGAGGUCGCACGGGAAAAUUUGAAGUUGCUCAAGGUCAUUGACGAAAAUGCCAAAAAAUCUACCCCAACCCCAGCGGGGAAAGGAAAAGCACAAGGAGUAGAGUCUGUUCGGGAAAAUGAACCAUUUUCCUUCUUGCAGGAAGCGCAUUUCUCCUCAAAGAAUUCCGGUGACGACAUGAGUCGAGCGCAACGAAUUUUGGAAAGAGCGCUCGCUGGAGCCGAAGGGGUGCAGGAGGAUGAGAAAAUAUCAACUAGUACUUCUACUAGCAGUAUUGACCAGGCGGACAACACUCGUACCUUUGACAGCGCCGAAAGCAGCAUGAGUGAAUUCAGCGAGCGGGAGCAGCAGCCACCAACAUCUUUUGCGAACAUGGUCGCGCUGGGAAAACAGGUUCUGCACAAGGAGGACCUGAUUCACAAGAAGAAGCUGCGGGAGUUUUUCCGGAAGCAGGAGCUGGGGAAUGAGAUGAAAGAGCUGGCGAAGACGUAUCAUGCGAGGGCGGAAGAGGAGCCAGGAGAGAGAGCAAGUGCUGAUGUCGCGCAAAAGCAUCUUGCUGACGGGGAGAUGUUGAACCAUGCGUGGUGGUCGGAGAGUGUCGACGAGUUUGAUAAAUUUGCGAAACAGUUCGAUGACCGGACGAAUGCUAGAAUCGGCACUGGAGAGUCUGCUUCCGACGACGAGGAUUCUCUGCCGGGAGUGCCCAGAAACGGAAUCGAUAGCGGAGAGGACGAGGUAGCGCAAACUCACAGCGGUAUGGAAGCACAAGGGCGUGAUCCAGUUGCACCGGCGGUGAAGAGAAAGAAGCCUUUGUCGUUGGAAGAAUUCGCAAAGCGUUUGUCGCAGAGUGUACUCGCGACACCGGAUAAUUUAGCGCAGCCCCCGACAGCCGCGUCGGAAGGUGAAAAAGCAAAACCAACAGCAGUUCCCGGGGACGAUGCGAAAGCGGCCGCGCGCAAACAAAAAACCUCGCCUCGAGAGCGCAAGUCACCUUCCAACGUAACUCCAACCGACAGGACCAUCCAGGAUGCGCCGCAUUUUGCGGACGUGCUGUCAAAGCGCGCGGAGCAAGGGAAGGCGUUGGUUGCGCAGGCGGUCAGGAGGUCGAAAUCGGCGAUUGCCUCCGCCGAAGCGCCCAUGCUGGAAAAAUCCGAGAAGGUCAUUGAGGAAGCGAAGCGGCGAGACAGUCAGAGGCAGACCACCGAGCAGGAGGAGCAGCGACUGCGAGACACCGCGCUGAAAAUUGCAACCUUGGCAGGUACAACGGAACAUCAACAUCAAAUAAUUCAUUGCGUCUCGGUGGCAUCUUGAUGUUACUGGAAAUACAACUUCUGGUAGUUUUGUUUCUCUUGGGCUUGUUCCAUGAAAAGAAUUUUGUUGUAAGUACGUGUACGAAGCUCCCACUCCCUCGCAGCUUGCUGCUUUCUCACCAGAGAUGAAACUGGCUUUUCAGAUCGCCCCACUGCGUUGACCGAGGAUGAGUUUGCGGAGCUCCCGCUGGACUUACAGCGCCAGCGUGUCGAAGCGGAGGAGAAGCGCCAGGAGGAAACGGACGACGAAGAUCCGGCUUGUCUCGCCGACACGUCGUUGCUGGCAACCCGCACCGAGCUGCUCCUCGCGAAUAAAGGACUGCGGGCGAAGCUUGACCGAUUGACGGAACGCAUCAAAGACGGAAAGGGUUCUUGAACAGGCUGGUCGUUGUAGUCGGGAAAAAAU